CAGCUGAGCGGAGGCUCGCACUGGCGAGAGUGUAUCGCAAGCAAGGGGCUGGAAGUUUCAGACUAGCGACGCAACCACAGCAACUUUGACAGCGGAUUGACAAAGUUUUUCCAAGUGUUUUGAUUUUGUGAAACCUUCUGGAUUUACCUGUGGUGAACUGGGUGAAAGGCUAUGCGAUCCUCGGCAGUGUCCUGAGACUGUGUAGCCUCUGCUUUUACAAGUGGAACACAACCCGCUUCUGAAAUGGACUGAACGCGACAAUAUUUAAAUACACAUUUUGGCUUUUUAUUAUAGUUAAAUACACAUUGGACUUUAGUUCCUUUGCAUUUAAAUUUAACGUAGUUUGGCUUGUUUGGAACUUGUUCCUCAAGUGGACUUGGACUUUCGGGAAUUUACGACACAGUCAGAUUGAACUUUGCAUAAGAAAACAUGACGGCCGAUAAGGACAAGAAAAGAAGCAGCUCGGACCGUCGGAAGGAGAAGUCCCGUGACGCGGCGCGCUGCAGACGCAGCAAGGAGACGGAGGUGUUCUACGAGCUGGCUCAGCAGCUGCCUCUCCCACACAGCGUGACCUCUCACCUGGACAAGGCCUCCAUCAUGAGGCUGGCCAUCAGCUUCCUCCGCACACGCAAGCUCCUCGCUGCAGGCUGCAACAGCAGGGAGACAAUGGAGGACAGACAAAUGGACAGCAUGUAUCUGAAAACACUGGAGGGCUUUGUUACUGUCGUGACAUCGGACGGUGACAUCAUCUUCCUGUCAGAGAACAUCAACAAGUUCAUGGGCUUGACGCAGGUGGAGCUGACAGGACACAGCAUCUUUGACUUCACCCAUCCUUGCGACCAUGAGGAAAUCAGAGAGAACCUCAGUCUGAAGACUUCUGGCACCGGCUUUGGCAAGAAGGGCAAAGAGCUGAGCACAGAGAGAGAUUUCUUCAUGAGGAUGAAAUGCACAGUGACCAACCGUGGAAGAACAGUCAACCUCAAGUCAGCCAGCUGGAAGGUUCUGCACUGCACAGGCCACCUGAAGGUGUACAACAGCAGCCCGCCUCGCGUGGUGUGUGGCUUCAAGGAGGCCCCCCUCACCUGCCUGGUGAUGAUGUGUGAGCCCAUCCCCCACCCCUCCAACAUAGACACGCCCCUGGACAGCAAGACCUUCCUCAGCCGACACAGCAUGGACAUGAAGUUCACCUACUGCGAUGACAGAGUCUCUGAGCUGAUGGGCUAUAGUCCGGAGAACCUAAUGGGCCGUUCUGUCUACGAGUUCUACCAUGCCCUGGACUCAGACAGUGUCACCAAGAGCCACCAGAACUUGUGUACCAAGGGACAGGCGGUGAGCGGCCGCUAUCGUAUGCUUGCCAAACAUGGAGGGUAUGUGUGGGUGGAGACCCAAGGCACCGUCAUCUACAACAGCCGCAACUCACAGCCUCAGUGCAUUGUCUGCAUCAACUACGUCCUCAGUGACAUUGAGGAGAAGUCCACAGUGUUCUCCAUGGAGCAGACAGAGUCUCUGUUCAAGCCCCACCACAUGUCCGGCCUCAUCCAGCCGGGCCCAGGGCUGGGGGCUGACCCAGAGGAGAGCCUCUUCAGCAAGCUCAAGGACGAACCCGAAGACCUCAAUCUGCUGGCGCCUACCCCCGGAGACGGCAUCAUCGCCCUUGACUUUGGACGGCCCAAGUUUGAGGAGCCCAAGCUGCCCCUCAUCUACCCCAAGAUGGCCCCCAGGGCCCCCCCAGACCCCCAGGCCCACAAGCCGGCCCCCCCAGCAGAGAUGACCAGCAGCAUGGCUGCCACCUUCGCCGUGGCACAGAAACCUCCGCCGGGAAGUGCCACCCCCAGCCUGAGUAGCUGCUCCACGCCCAGCAGCCCAGGGGACUACUACACCUCGGUGGAGAGUGAUCUGAAGGUGGAGCUGACGGAGAAGCUGUUUGCGCUGGACACCGAAGGCACCAAGAGCCCUGACAGCACAGAGGCGGACCUGAGUGACCUGGACCUGGAGACGUUGGCCCCCUACAUCCCCAUGGACGGAGAAGACUUCCAGCUGAACCCCAUCAUCCCGGAGGACGCCACAGUGGAGGGCCAGGGCCUGGGCCACUCCUCCAGCCAGAACAGCUUCAGCAACAUAGCCAGCCUCUUCCAGCCCCUAGCCUCCCCCCAGCCAGGCCUUUACCCCCACUCAGCCACUGCCAAGUGGGGCUCCGGGGACAAGAGAGGGCCUGGUGGCUGCCCCAUAGACCCCAGACCCACCGUGGCAUACAUGGGCCACUCUCAGAUACCCCCCUACCACGCCCCAGCCAGCACCCCCCUUUCCUCCAUGGGGGGCCGCCAGAACGUCCAGUGGCCCCCAGACCCCCCCAUAAACUUCCAACAGAUGUCCAAGCAGGGCCUGGUGGAGCCAAUGGGGUUGGGUCACUCGUGUCAGGUGAACGGGAUGCCUCAUCACAAACAGAGGUCCAUGGAGAACUUUGUCCAGGCUUACAGAGGUAUGAGCCCAGCCAGCCACCCCAUGGCCAACAACUUCAAACGUUCCUACACACAGAUGGUUGUGAAUGACGCGACCCCUGGUAGGCCCUCAGAGAUGACCUGGAAGAGGAUGAGGAACGAGAGCUGUGCCCUUCUGGAUCGUUCUCUGAGCGCCAGCUCACUGGCAGAGCCAGGUAUGUACAGGCAGGAUGACCAGCGUCUUUGCCCCCUGCUGCAGCACAGAGGUUCCCAGUGUCCAGGAAGUUGUAGUAGUGUGCCCAAGAAAACCUUCACUGAACAGUGCUGCAACCACUCACAAUUCAACGGAAUGCCUUCCAACAAAACAGAAGGGGUCGCCAGUCGUCUGUUGGGCCCCUCGUUUGAGUCCUACCUGCCUGAGCUCACCCGCUACGACUGUGAGGUGAACGUGCCCCUGCAAGGCAACCUGCACCUUCUGCAUGGACGUGACCUGCUGAGGGCCUUAGACCAGGCCUCCUAAACCCUGGCACUGUCCUCCCCUCUGCCCACCCCGGAGCCUGCCCCAGACCCUGUCCCCAGACCCUGCCCCAGACCCUGUCUUACACCCUGUCCCCAGACCCUGCCC